UCAAAAGUCAUCAAGAACUUUCAACAAAACUCAUAACAAUUUCCCAACACAUCAAAACUAUGGAUAACAACUUCCCAUUUCCACCACCACCACCAUCUUCCUCUGAUCAAAGCUACACCAUAGUAAUAUUCGUUUUCUCGACGUUCGGUUGCAUCUUACUUGGCCUAACUAUUCUGGCUUUUUGCACAUACUUCUUGAAGAAAAAGAAGAAGAACACAAUACUAGUUGAAGAAAAAGAAGUGAAACACAUUGAUGAUCAUGUUAAAAUAAAGGAAGCAAUUGUUGAAGGACCUCAUGGGAAACUUGAGACAAUAGUACUCUCAGUGGAAGAAGAUUUGCAUGAAAAGGAUGAUAUUAUAAGGACAAAGAAAGAGUUAGAAGAAGUUCAUCAUCAUAACUUCUUACAUGCUAAUAAUAAAUCUUCAGAAAUUACACCUUCUGCUCUUGAAGCUGCCCAUAGACAAACUUAAUUAAGCAUCAAUUCAUGAUUUUUAUUUUU